AUGGCUGAGCUAAAGGCUGAUUCAGAAAGACAAAAAAGAAUUAGAAGAACGCCAAGAAAAAACUACUGCAAUGGAAGCAGAAAAAGGACACAAUUUGAUUCACAAAAAAAUGAAGCCUCCACACCAAAAAUCAAUAACAAUGAGAUCAUAGAUGAAGAAAGGAAAAAACAAGUAAGACUGAAUAGACUUGAAGCUUGGAAAAAAAAAAAGCAGGCACAAGAUGAAAAAAACAAAUCAAAACUAAAGUCCCCCUCACAUGUUUCAAAUAGCGACAAAACAAAUAAAAAGAAACUAUCACAAAAACGUCGAAAGGCUCUAAACUUCGAUGAUAGUGAAGAUGAACAAUCCUUUGAUGAGCAGGAAGUAUCAAAAGUUAAAAUGUUUAAGCCUUCUUUAGACAGCAAUCAAUUUCCGGACUUGAACCAUGAGCUUCAAAACAAUGAAAUUCCUGAAAAUGGAUCUGAUGUUCAUAGCUCAAGUAUAUUUAUAAAUCAACUAGAAAAAUUACAAGAUCUAGAAUCUCGACAGCUUAGAAAAGAGGACGACAAUAUAAUAUUGAGCGACUAUGAUGAUAUGGAAGACCUUGGCGGUAAUUUUGGGAUUGCUGAUGAAGAGGAAUCGGAAGAUAAGACUGAUAGGAAAUCACGAUUGAAACAUAUUGCAAAAAUGAAGUCUUUAAAGAAAGUUAAAGAAAUUAACUUUUCUCAAGAACUUUUAAAACCAUUUCCUCGCCAAUUUUUUUUUCAACAAGUCGAAAAGAUUAGAACCGGUGAAACUCCUCUUUCUUCAGAGGAAAUUGAAGAGUUACGUUUCAGUAUAGGGAAUAUUAGGGUUCACGGAGGCUCUACCUGUCCUAUGCCUAUUAUUAACUGGGCACAACUAGGAUUAUCAAGUCUUACAAUGAAUUAUAUCACUCAAAUUUUAAAGUUUGAAACUCCAACUCCAAUCCAGGCACAGGCCAUCCCUGCAAUCAUGUCAGGCAAGGAUAUUAUUGGUAUAUCAAAAACAGGCUCUGGUAAAACUAUCGCUUAUAUCUUACCACUCUUAAGGCAUGUACGUGCUCAAAAACCUCUGUCCAGAAAUGAAACUGGCCCUAUAGCAUUAGUUUUAGCUCCAACUCGAGAACUAGCAAUACAAAUUAAUGAUGAAAUAAAUAAUUUUUUAUCAAAUGAUAAUUAUCAACUAAAUAGUAUAUGUUGUGCUGGUGGAUCAGAUUUACGAGGACAAAUUAAUAUAAUAAAGAAAGGCGUUUCAAUUAUUGUUGCCACCCCUGGCCGAUAUAUUGACCUUUUGACUUUAAAUGGAGGGAAUCUCUUAAAUACCAAAAGAAUAUCGUUUAUUGUAAUGGAUGAAGCAGAUAGAUUAUUUGACUUAGGAUUUGAACCCCAAAUCUCACAGAUCAUGAAAACUAUUAGGCCAGAUAAACAUGGGGUCCUAUUCAGUGCCACUUUCCCCAAAAAAUUGAGAUCAUUCGCAUUGAAAGCAUUAAACUCACCAAUAACUAUCACAAUUGAUUCAGAAAAUAUGAUCAAUGAAAAUAUUGAACAAAAAUUUAAAAUAUGCAAGAGUGACAAUGAAAAAUUCAAUAAUUUGCUUGACAUCUUAAAUAAACAUGAUUAUGAAAAUAUACAGUCUAGUGCAAGCCGAGAUGGAAUCUCAAAUGAAAAUGAUAAGAAAAUCAUUAUAUUUGUAUCCAGCCAACAAAUAUCCGAACUAAUAUACAAUAAAUUAGAGAACAACGGGUUUUCACCGUUUCUGAUCCAUGCAGGUAAGCCUUAUAAUGAACGAGUCCAAAAUUUAGAGAACUUUAGAAGAGCCAAAAAUAGUAUUCUUUUAUGUACAGAAGUAUUAUCUCGUGGUUUAAAUGUUCCUGAAACUUCCUUAGUUAUUAUUUAUAAUGCGGUUAAAGCAUUUGCUCAAUAUGUUCAUACAACAGGUAGAACGGGACGUGGUAUUUACCGUGGGGUAGCCAUAAGCCUGCUAUUGGAAAAUGAUUUGCCAGCAGCUUAUAUAUUAAGUAAAGCAAUGAGGCCAAAUGAAUUACAUGCUAUGUCACCAGAUCAGCAAAUCCAAUUACAACGUAUGAGCGAUGAAUUUGCAAAAGGUAUGAAAAAGGGUAAUUUUAAGUUAUUUGGUGGCUUUGGUGGUAAAGGUUUAGAUAACCUGGAUGAAAAGAGAAAAAUUAACGAAUCAAAAGAAAGAAAGCUAUUUGAAAAUAGCCCCAAUAAUGAGAAUAAUAGAGAUGAAGUAGCAGGUACAAAUUCACUACCAUCUAGUGAUAAUAAUACUAAAGUAUCAGAAUUUUCUGAUGGUAUUGUAGUACCUAAGCUUCAGUAUAAGAUAAAUAAAUCUAUUGAACCAAAUAAUGUAGAAACUUAUUGUGCUGAAGUGAAUGUUAAUGACUUACCUCAGUUGGUAAGAUGGGAGGCAACAAAGAAUACAACGUUAAUGUUUAUAAAACAUGAAACUGGUUGUAGUAUAACCAACAGGGGUAAAUUCUAUCCUGAAGGGAAGGGUCCUCAAUCCUCCAAAGAUGAACCAAAAUUAUACUUAUUGAUAGAGGCUAAGGAUGAAAAAGAUAUAAGGCUAAGUAUCGAACUUCUUGAAGAGAAAGUGAAAGAAGGUGUUAAGAAGGUAGAAUAUGAAGCUAUUAGAAGUACUAAAUAUUAA